CCCUCGCCAGCGGGAGCCCUCGCCCGGAGCCGCGCCAGCUUCUGCGAUGUAGCUUUCCAAGUUGUCACCCAGUCCUUUGUUGUUCGCGUGCCGCUCCAGCUAAGUGCGAGUGCUAAAUUUCGGGUUCUAGUGGUGGACUCGAGGAACGUUGGGAUAUCUCGGGGUCCGACGCGUGGUUUGGUGAUGUAAACAACAGUGCUGCACCUGCUUCCGCUUGUUUCAUGACAACAGUAAAUGCCCCAAACAGGCGGAUGCUUCUCUCGAGAUGGAGCAACGACAUUUUUCGCAGGCCAGCCUUGAAUAUGUGUUUUUGCUCCAGGAAGUUCAAGAACGCAAAAAGUUUGAAUUCGUUGAAAUUUUACUAAGUUUCAUGUUUGGAUGGCUCACAUUUUAUCACGAGGGUCAUGAGGUUGCGGAAGAUUUUAAACCGUACAUGAGAGAAUUACAACUGAGGAUUCAAAAGACGAGGGAAAACUUCAUUUCGACUCGAGACAAAACUGAAUCGUUAAUGAAAAAACUUCUCGAGAUGAGGCAGACUAAACCAGUGGUAGACUCAAGCAGCUCUACUCCAGGAAUCUCCAGAGAGGGCUAUUUGUACCUUAUGGAAAAGAAAACAUUGGGUACAACAUGGACCAAACAUUACUGUAUGUACCAAAGAGAUACCAAACAAUUUACAAUGAUUCCUUACAACCAAAUGACUGGAAAAUUCAAUACCUCAGAGAAAAUGACGCUAGCUUCAUGUGUCCGAAGAAUGUCAGACUCUAUAGAAAAAAGAUUUUGUUUUGACUUAACCCCCGUGGACCGACCCGGUGUGGUUUAUACACUUCAGGCCCUCUCAGAAGAGGACCGCAAAGCAUGGAUGGAUGUUAUGGAUGGAAAAGAACCCGUAAGUGAAUCACCUCCACCUGUAGCAUGUACGACGUAUGGCAUGCCUGCUACCGCAAAAGUACCAAAGCCUGAAGAGAGGUCUCUCGAUGAAACCGGUUUUAUGUUUGUGACUAAGUGUAUUGAAGUAAUAGAAGCAAGAGGUUUAGAAGAACAGGGCUUAUACAGAGUCGUUGGCGUUAGUUCCAAAGUAACUAAAUUAUUGGCAAUGGGACUAGACCGACGGAAAUUGGAAAAGCUCUCCCUGGAAGAUCCCUUCGAGUGGGAAAGUAAAACAAUCACAAGUGCUCUGAAAACAUAUUUACGGAAUCUACCUGAGCCAUUAAUGACAUUUCGAUACCACAAUGCCUUUAUUACCGCUGCCAAACAAGAAAAGCGAACUGAUAGAAUAAAUGCUGUUCAUGCUUUAACUCAUAGAAUACCGCAGCCAAAUUUAAACAUGUUAGAUAUCCUUAUCAAACAUCUUACCAAUGUUGCUGCCCAUAGUGAUAAAAAUUUAAUGCCAGUUAGUAAUCUAGGAGUUUGUUUUGGUCCUACUUUGCUUCGUCCGGAGGAGGAAACAGUAGCAGCCAUUAUGGAUAUUAAAUUUUGUAAUGUUGUCGUAGAAAUUCUAAUAGAAAAUUAUCAAAAGAUAUUCAAAACACAGCCUGAGCAAAGUAUUGUAGAUCCGUUACCAGACUCCAGAGGCUCCUCACCUCAACGUCCUCCUCGGCAAUCAACGACGGUGCCGUCUCAUCAGAUUAGACAGAAUAAAUUUCAACCACCUUUAACCCAUGCAAUUACCAAAUCAUAUUACGAUGGACCAUUACUAAGUGCCAGUUUACACAACGUAGCCUCAGCAUCUCGAGAAAAUCUGAACAGAGAAAGGAGCGACAGUUAUACAGGAACACAGUCAUCAUCAGGACUUCCUUCAUACGUUUCCUCCACCUAUGGCCAAAUCAGAAAUUCAGAGCUAUCGCGUACUUCUGAAUCGACGAGAAAUUCCGACAUAAAAAAUCCCAAUGCUGAGCUUUCAAAAAACUCUGAGCUAAUGAGGAAUUCAGAACUUUCAAGAAAUUCAGAGCUGAGAGGGAACAUGGAGCUAUCAAGACCAAUCUCCGUGCCCGCAUCAGGAUCGAGCACGACGGGUAGGAUGUCUGUCUCCUCUAACAAUAGCACCGCUCCUGCGUUUCCUGAAUCUAAUUACCACACAAUUGGCUCUUACAGUUCUAGUCCGCACCAACCAAAACCCACUCACCCCAGUCAACAGUCAUCCUACUUUUAUUCUAAUGUUGUUAACUCUGACCAACUAAACAGUACCAGUAGCUCAAAUGAUUCUAUGUCAUCACUUUCUUCUCGAGAUAUUAACAAUCACUCGUCCACCUAUGCAACUGUGACUCCGCAGAAGAAUAGCCGAGGAAUUGCCAAAAUGGGAAUACACUAUGCCACCAGAUACAGGCCUCAAGAUAAUAUGAAUCUCUCGUGCCACUCCGUCCUUAGGGUCCGCUCCAAUCAGCAGGAGUUCAAUUCGGGGAUCAGAAAAGUUCGGACCUUGUUUGCUUGUUUGGGUGAAAAUGAUGGAGAGUUGUCUUUUGAACCAAACCAGAUUAUAACAAACGUGAGAACAAGUUUCGAGCCUGGUUGGUUGGAAGGCACUUUGAAUGGUAAAACAGGACUCAUCCCAGAGAACUAUGUUGAAGUUCUUCCAUGACCAAAAGAUGGCAAAAUGAUAAUGACCAAUAGUGUCGUAGCAAUCAUUUGUGCAAUUGUUAAUAUAUCAAUCAAUAGCCGAUCGACCGCUUUGUGAUAAGAAAAGAAAAAUAAUGAAUUAAUAAAAAAAUAUUUUGUUCCAUGGUGUUUUGCAGAACAUUUCCCUCAAAAAAUAUUAAUCAUGCACUUGUCGCAGUUUUGUCUUAUUUGUUUUAAGUAGAUUAUUCUUACUGAAAUUUUUAGUUAAUUUGUAAUAAUUGUUUAAAAAUAUUAUGAUCUGACGAGAUUUUGUAUGUUUUGUAAGUAUAUACAUAUAAUGUUGUUGUAGCUCCUGUAAAUUGAAGUGUAUAUUUUCAAAAAUCUUGCUGUCGCAGCCUGUUGUUGUUUAUGCCAGCAAUGUAUCAUUUAUAAUUUUGUUUAGUUUUUCAAGCAGUGUUGCCAAAAUGAUUUUUGUUUUAAAUUAAUGCAAAAUCGAGAAAAGAUAUGGGAUUGGUUACUUUUCUCAUUUUUCUUUUACGGGUUUGAUGUCAUUUCCGUUGUUUCUUCCUUUUCCCCUCAUUCUCUCCCUUUUUUCCUCCUCUGUCUAGGAGUCUUUUCCCCUUUCUCUGAAAUUUUUGUAAGUGGAACUUUUGUUCUCAUAUUGCAAAGCAAUAAAUUGGACCUCUUGCUUUAAUAGAAAUUCAACACCAAUUUUUUAAUCAAUAAGAUUCAAAUAAACGUAGGUUUUCUUAGCCAUUAAGCAGAAUAUUGUUUUUAAUAGUCUAUAAUCCUAGAGUGACUUAACAUUUUAGCCUUUAGGAGCAGGAAAGCUUGUCUAAGUUAACUUAAUGAAAUGAAUAAAUUCAUUAAAGCAACUCAGACUGAAAACAGCCCAGAUAGUGGCUGCUAUCCCUAUGAUUCUGUGGAACUGUUCUCUGUCGUUGAAAAGAUGCAUCAUUCCAAUAUUUCCUUCAGCAGUGCGUAUCGGUAAGAAAAAAUUGCAGUGGGGGUAGUAAAAGGAUGAAAGUAACCAAAAAAAAUCUGCUUGAAAGGCAGUUUCUGAAGUAGGAUCAUUAAAAUCUUUAGUAAAAUUCCAAUAACUUUAUAUCAUGGACGUUUUCAACUUUUAGAAUCAUUAUUUCUUGGUUUCAGAAUUUAAAUUCAACAUUCAAAUACUUUAAUUGUCCUCAAAAGUCGUCUGAUGAGAGCUGAAUGAAAAUAAGGCUUAGUUAUUUUAGUAACCAUGCGAUUGUCAAAGUGCAUAAAAUAUAGUAGGUACAUCCUGAUGCUUGGCAGUUCCAGAAUGCAUUGGCAUUUUUCUCAGAAUGUGGAAGCUUUUGUAGCCUUUAAAGUUUUACAAGAAAAAAUGUUCAAGAAGAUUGUAAAAGUAACUUAUUCUAAAGUAUCCUCAGUAGCACAGACUGUUAAGUUUGGACUUUGAGAAAAUGUAAACAAACUGUUAAAAUGUACAAGUUAGGAAAUUCAUUUUGUGCUUUUUUAAGUAAAAUGCAUGAAAAGAAACAAAAAAAAAAGAAAAAAAAUUGCAUCAAAAUUUUGUUAAACGCUAAAAUUUACUCAUAUUGACACUGAACUCAAAAUAAACUGCAAGUUAUCCGCAACAUAAAACUAAAAUUUGACGUACAAUUUAUGUAAAAUUGUCAACAUUUACUGAAAUAAAGUGAUAAGGAACUUGUAAGAGCAUGAGGUAGCAUUUUUAUGUAAAAAAAGAACAAAAAACGUUUCCUGAUUCAGAUACUGUAAAAGUUCUCUUAAGAGUUUCUCUUUGAAAUUCACACCAUUGUUUCAUAAACACUCAAUGGCACUGAGGAAAGCUUCAUAUGAAACUAGUCGGGUUCCCAUGUAUCUAUUUCACUGCUCCAAUAUCCUCUUUAUUUUUGCCCUCUAAAUGCGGUAGCCAUUUGAUCCAGAGAAUAGUAGUAAACAUGAGUAUCAAGAAGAAAUGUCUUGAUUCUAAUAAUUGAAUUAUUUUUUUGUUUCUAAUUAAUAGCACUAAUCACCUAACCACCUUUGUCCAUCAGAACAAACAGAUGUAUCAAUGGCUGAGGAACAAUGCUGUCAAUACCUGCAAACUGACGUUCUCACAGAACAAAGAUAAUAUACUGUACAGCAUCAUUACACAGGGUGUCUAGCAUCAGGAUUUUCCCGAUUCUACCAGGAUUUGCGGUCAAUCAGCGUUUAAUCCCGAUUUCAUCAGAAUUUGAGGAAAAAUCGGUCUUAAAAUGAGGAUUUGUGAAAAGUCGGCCGUCCGAUUUGAUUUUUUUAUCGACCUAUCUUUGUGAAGUCACAUUUGCCUAAUUUUUCUCUGCAAAAAAUCAGGAUUUGGAAAAAUUUUGUAAUCAGGAUUUAGCAGUCAAAAAUCAGGAUCUCCCAAAAUGAAAAAAGAACCUGGACACCCUGUUACAGCGCUCCCAUGCGGAAUUGGAAAAAAAGUAAAAACAUCAGCUUGCAUAUAAACUGUAGAAUGCAACAAAGUUGCUGAUUCAUUAUUACCAACAUUUUCAGUUAAGUAGUAUUGUUCCUCAGCCAUUAGUAUAUUGCAGCCUUUUCUUGUCUUGGACCAAAAGAGACAUCCUUUUGAAAUAAAUUGAGUUGAAGUUCUCAAGUUCUCUGUUCAGAAAUAUUUCAUCCCUGGCCUUUCAGUUCAUGUAUGACGAGGGUGUAACUUUUUUGGCACUAAAGCAUAAUUUUGUAACUUUGGUGUAAAAUUUGCCAGUUGUUUGAAAAUCAGGUGCUUUAAUUUUUUUUCUAACUCUUUGCAUACUAGCUUUGCAAUUGGAUGAAUUGAAGCAGCCUAAUUUUCUCUCAUGUUUUACUGUUUUAUCAAAGAACUGAACUACUCAGCGCCUCUGAACGUUUUAUGAAUUUACCUUGGAUUAAAAGUAUAUCACAAAAUUUCAAGUUUUUUUGUCACUUAGUUUCCUGUUGGAAGAAUAGUACAUCACAGAAAAUUUGCCAUUGUUGGAUGUAGCUAAGCUACAGGGUGAUCUAAGAGUCCCGCUUUGUUAGCACUAGGCAUCACUUCUGUAACUUUUGAAAAAAUUGAGGUAGGGACUUGAAAUUUUAUGUGUGUUGUGGUCGAAGGAGACAACUUUCGAGAACCCUGGAAAUGUUGAUGGGACCAACCUGAAAAGGCGCAAGGAACCUAGGAGUUAUAAAGGUGGUGUGAGACUUUCGGGUCACCCUGCAUAUAGUAGUAACAAAUCCUUGAAAUAGUUCAAUAUGAACAUACUUGCCUCAAUUGCACUUGACUGAUUAGUGCAUUAUUUCUUAAAACCAUCUGGUUUCAGUCAGCUCAAAAUCAAAUUCUCAGUCCUUGAUCUGCACCCAUUAAAUUUUUGUAAAAUUUUAAGGAUUUUUUUACCUUAUUUUUUUUACUAUUAAGAAAUCACAUUAUUUUAUUAGCAUUUUAGCCUGCAAGUUCCUUGGCAGAACCUUCUGAUGCAUUUAUUUAGGUACUUUCAUAUUUACCUAUUACAUAUUACAUUUAUAUAGUUGAACUUUCAAACAAACUCCAAUUUUCUAUGCAUUUUUGUAUGACCUAAAAAUUAAAGUAAAAUUAUUUAUAUUUAUAUGUAUUCUCUUUGAAAACAGUAUGUACCAUUCAUUUACUGUAUUCAGGCAUGAUUGCGUUGUAGUAUUUAAGGUGUAAAGGUUAUUUGACAAAAAUCUAAACCAACAACUAGCACCUAUGUAUUCAUGAUGAUCUAUAAACCUUAGCUCUUCAAAUGUUUUUAUUAUUUAGAUUUAAUGGCUGCCAGGUUAUCAUUGUACCCUCUACCCAUUUUUUUUGUCCGCGUAAAGCUUCAUUCAGUUUCUACAGUAAAUCUACGGUUUUUUUUAUUUUUCUUUUUUGCUGCCUAGUGUUCAUAUGUUUUAUAAUAGUUAAAACCUAUUUACCUAUGCUCCAUUUAUGUCACUUGUAUUUGGUUUUAUUAAAUAUUUGUGGUCAACCUGUGCUGUAACAGAGGGCAGAAGAAUAUUUUGAGAAUAUUAUCAUGAAGCACAGUUCAAAGGAAUUUUCCUAUAUUUGUUUAAACAAUAUUGACCCACAAAAGUAAGCUCAAAGUUGCGUACUUUGUACUCCCAUUUUAACGUGCAUGGCCGAAUAGCCUAGAUGGUAUCUAAAAAUGUCUGUCCAGCUCGGGGUACAUUUUUGACCAAAUGACUCCUCUGCUAAUGUUUGCGAUCUACGCAGCCAUUAUCAUGUAGGACCACACGGAUUAUAAAUAGGUAACGGCAAAGCAGUUCUGCAGGUAGAAAUGUAACCGUAAUAAGACGGAUAUUUGCAGACACCAUCCUGGCUCUUACGGCGAAGAGAGCUUAGAUAGGAGCUUAAAUAAUGCAAUUUUAACCUGUUUUUCCUAAAGGUUGAAAUUGUCCUAAAAAUUGGGGAAAAUUCUCCUGAACAAGCUUAUUUUAAUGAGAAUAAUAUACCUUAACCUGCUGCUUGGCAACCAGAGUAAAAAAAAAAAAAAGAUUCUGAAAAUUCCUGUGGUCACCAUUUUACCCAAAGGCUUCCUUUUUACUUUAUUCGCUCUGUCCAAUUAUUUUUUUUGUUUUCAACCGUGAGCAAGCACCUUGAUUGCCUCACCCCCUGUAAUUCAUUGGAUUUUUUACCAUGUUUCUCCCUUUUUUUUUGUGUAUUGCAUUAGACAGAAUUUUUCCUUACUCAAUUCGCAAAACAUAUCAUAAUGAAUUUCAGGAAUCACCAUCUUUUGAGUUUUAUAUUCUGUUUAUAGUUAACUGUUGAAUGGAAUCUCUGUUUUACAUGUAGAGAGAGAUUUAGCAAAUCCCACUUGUUCGUAAAGUACCUGUUUUUUUGUUUAUCUCUCCCUCUACUCUCUGUUUCUCUUUUUCUUUCAGAGUAUAACUAUUUUACGAUACAUUUUGUAAUAAAAAAUUUUUAUGAAACUUA